AUGCACGCGCCAGGUGCGUGCAAGAAACUACUAACCGAGGCACCGAUGUGUGUCAAUUGUAAGAAAGAACACCCGGCGAACUAUUCUCAGUGCUCCGCACUCCUUAAUUUCAUUGAGAAGAAGGAAAACGAUACUCUUAAGAGAAGAAAAGUAUAUGCGCCAGCUCCAACACCAAUGCCACUGACAAGAAGUUUCUCGUCAGCUCUAAAUCCGACAAACACCGGCCCUAACUUCAAACCUGAUUAUCCUCAACUCUCUGUCCCACGGACAUCAUACCGACCUCCGCUGCAGUCCACACUAUCACCGGCCUGGCCUUCACCAUCACCAAGACCAGCACCGAUCCGGCCAACACCAUCAAUGGUCGAGUUUACAACCAACCAGCCAGAUCCAGAUCUCAACACUCCGGAAGGACUCUUUACUGCUAUGGGGUCUGAAAAUACAUUACCGUUACAAAUGGCAGAAGAACAACAGAAAUCUAUUGGAGUUACUGCAGUUGGAGACAACAUUGUUGGGAAGACAAGCUUACUGAAAACUUACAUCGAAGGAAUUUUUCCUUAUGGAUUUUUACCUACAGUUUUUGAACAUUACACAACUAAUGUAUUAGUAGACGGAUGCACACACAUGUUGAAUGUUUGGGAAACAGCAGGUCAGGAUGAUUAUGAUAGGUUGCGGCCUCUUUCUUAUCCAAAUACUGAUUGUUUUCUGCUGUGUUACUCAAUUGAUAGCCGCGAUAGUUUGGACCAUGUGCAUUCAAAAUGGUAUCCAGAAAUUCGGCAGUAUUCACCAAAGGCGCCAAUUAUCAUAAUAGCAACUAAAAUCGAUUUGAGAAAAACUAAUACCCAUGGUUUGGUGACAUUUGAAGAAGGUCAAGCAAUGCACCAAAAGAUUCGAUCAAGUGAUUUUGUAGAAUGUUCAGCACUUGAAUAUACGAAUGUGAAUAUUGUUUUUGAAAAGGCAGUUCGAGCUGUGUUGCAAAAGGAAAAUGCCGCAGGAAAAUUGAAAUGUAAUUUUAGAAGUAAAGUUUAUGUACCCGCUACUAUUGGGGGUACAGUAGCUCCUACAGAGCCAGAUCAGGAAUCAAACCAUCGAGAAAAAAUUCAUGCGGCUGAACAUCCUAAGAUGAACGAUAAUACAGAUGAUACUGGGGGCUGUACCUAUGGCGACUGUCUCAUGGCAAGUUAUGAAGUCAUCAAGUAA